AUGAUAAGCGGAACUUCCAAAUCGCCAGAUUUGGUCAAGAUAUCAAGACUGCAUUUCAAUGCACAGUUAACCAAUGGAAACUUCUGGCACCAGACAAGCCUCCAGCCAUUUACCUGUUCAGUUAUUCUGAAAACAGACUUUUUCAAGGCUAGUGAGACAGACGAUUUAAGGUAUUCUCUUAACUAUGCAACGAUAUCGAACAACAUCUUGUCCGUGUUUCGAAAUAGUGAUGAAGUCUACGGAUCAAUUGAGUCAAUAGCUCACAGAAUCGCAGAGAGUGUGUUCAGUGAUGAAUCCAAUGGACGGUCAGCUGAAAUAAGUGUUUCGUCUGAAAAGUCUGAAAUCCGUUGCGAUUCGAUUGAUUUGAGCAUUUCCAGGUAUCGAAAGAACGAUUCAACGAAUGAGUUGAUUGCCCCAUCGCUGGACAAAUUCACUUUCAAGGGACUAAAUCUGUUUACAAUAAUUGGUGUCUACACUUUUGAAAGAUACAAUAAGCAAUCAGUUGUCUUGAAUUUGUCUGUACAUUAUAACACGAAUAAAGAUAAGUUGAAAUUUUCACAGCUCACGGAAACCGUUUCUUCUUACGUUGAAAGCACACAGUUCAAGACAGUAGAGGCUCUAGCAGGAAAUGUCGCUUCGUUAGUAUUGCAAGAGUUUGAGUUCAUCGAGGCUGCAGACGUGGAAGUUGUCAAACUUAAUGCAAUCAUUUUUGCGGAUGGUGUGGGGGUGGCAACCUCUAAGCUUCGCAAUCAACUUCAACGCUCCAAAAUUGUGGUGAAUCCAACAAAGUCUGAGUUCAGUACGUUGCCAAAUCUGAAUAAAGAGACUUCUUUUGAAGGCCAUCCAAACAUCGAGAACCACCGUGUUUUUAUCGCUUUUGGAACUAAUGAGGGAGAUUAUCUGGAAAAUAUUGAGAAAACAAUUAUUGAGCUAGACAAGCGGGGUUGUAAAGUAGAGAAGACCUCCUCCUUAUAUGAAUCAGCGCCCAUGUACCACUUAGAUCAGGCAAGGUUUCAGAAUGGUGUUUUCCAAAUUUCCACUAAAUUAUCACCUCGAGAUCUUUUGAAAACUCUGAAAGAGAUAGAGUAUGGUGAGUUGAAGCGCGUAAAGCAUUUUGAUAAUGGGCCAAGAACAAUCGAUUUGGAUAUUUUGUUGUACGAUGAUUUAAUCCAUGACGAACCUGACCUGAAGAUUCCACAUGUCUCACUGAUUGAACGAAAUUUUGUUCUUUAUCCGUUGUGUGACCUGCUUCCUCCAACCGCCAUCCACCCAGUUACCGCUGAACCUUUCCACCAGCAUUUGAAAAAGCUCAGUGCCCAUGACACUUCGAUACAAGCAGACGAUGGGCUGGUAAAUAUCAUCCCUAUACCCAGUAUUCCUAAUAGAAAAGCUGACAUCAGAAUUGACACGAUAGGCAACAAACUUACAAAGUCCCUAGUGAUGGCAGUUCUGAAUGUAACUCCGGAUUCGUUCAGUGAUGGGGGUCUUCACAAUACCAAUGAAUCAAUUAUAUCUGUUUAUGAGGAAAUGGUGCAUUCUGGCGUUGAUAUCAUCGAUAUUGGAGGUGUUUCCACUAGACCUGGCGCAGCAGCUCCAUCCGAAGAAGAGGAAUUAUCUCGAGUGAUCCCAGCUAUUCAAUUGAUUCGGAAUCAUGAGAAAGAAAACAAUUUACAGCCACAGGUAAUCAGUGUGGAUACAUUUCGGAGUCAAGUUGCACUUAAAAGUUUGGAGAGUGGUGCAAACAUAGUGAAUGACAUAAGCGGAGGUAGAUUUGACGAACAAAUCUUUGACGUGGUAGCAAAAUUUGGUGCUCCAUAUAUGGUUGGGCACACAAGAGGAGAGAAUAUGACCGAUAUGCACACUCAUACCAAAUACAAGCAUACUCAGAAGAUCGGAGAAGUUGAAUUUUGGCAAAGCAGUCCUUUAAUUGAUACGAUUGGCAGAGAAAUCGCAGAAUCCAUACAAUUGGCCACAAGGAAGGGAGUGAAAAGGUGGCAGUUGAUUGUAGACCCUGGGCUUGGAUUUGCAAAGACUGUGGAACAGAAUAUUUCUCUGAUUCGAAAUUUACCCAAUCUUGCCAAAUACGGCGUUGAAGCAGAUGGAGACUAUCAAUCUCUCCACAGAGUACCCUUUUUACUAGGACCUAGCCGAAAACGAUUCAUAGGCGUUAUCACUGGAGAAGAGCUUCCAAGAUCGGUAGGAACCUGCGCCGCAGUAAUGAGUUGCAUAGGAUUUGGAGGACACUUGAUUAGAGUUCACGAUUUCAAGGCUGUCAAAGUUACGUGCGGGAUGGCUGAUGCUAUUUACAAAGGGCUCAUUCAAAGCUAA